AUGGGAAGAAGAUCAGAGGAGAUAGCACACAGGGAACUCAUGCCUCUCCUUGACCAGCUCUCCCUACAAGUCACAGCCUACAACACUAGGCAAACGGGAAGGAAAGCUAAGUGUUGGAGGGUCAUCACACCUAUCUUUGUGCAGCUGGAGUCCAACUGGACAAGAGAAGGUCUACUCCAGCAGUUCACACAUCCAUUGGCUGGCCCUUCCAAGCUUCUCCUGCCCAACCCAGAGCUCACCACAGUAGUCAGGGGUGAGAACAUUGACUUCAGACCCCCUGUGUACACAUUAGUUGGGCAUGAGGAUGAUUUGCGAGAAGAGGAGCCUGAGCUCGAUCGAGCUGAGGAUCGAGCUGAGUCUCAAGCUGAAGAUCAGUCCAGGAGAGUGCGGAUUUGGGGAAAGCCAUUGAAAGAUGCAAAAGUCCAUGGACAAGAUGGUGAGCAAGAUCAAAAGUUUGGAGAAGAAGGUUUCUGGUUCUUCAAGCAAGAAGAAGAAGUCCAAUGGCCCCCACUUUCCCUAGGAGUAGAUCACUCCUCACCACUCCAAGGAGGCUCCCUGCCCAAGAGCCUCACAGAGCCUCUUCUUUCGAGCCAAGGGAAGGAGAAGACAACACGCAGAGAAGGAGGAAGAGCUCCAAGGCCAGACGCUCCAGCUCGACCACCGGACUCGAUCGAGUCCAAACAGAGGAAACUCAACUCGAUCGAGCUGAGGGUCGAGUUGACCUGGAGGAGCCCCUGUUUGAGAACCCUGGAUUCGAGUACGAUCCAACGCCUUACCAGGACUUCCUCAGAGAUGGACCCCUACAAGCUUCGAGCAAGCCAGCUCCACCAAGGCCAAGGAGCCACACACACUUCGAUGAAGAAGAGGAAGAAGAGGAGCCGCAAGCUCGAUCGAGUGAGGAACCCAGUCGAGUGGAGUGCUCCUGAUGGCCGUCUCCCAUCUCCAGACCACGACCUGCCUCCCAGUUCUUUGGGGGGCACUGAGGCUAAGUUUGGGGGUGCCAACUCGAGCUCGAUCGAGUUGGGUGUAAAAACCAGAAAAGUGGUCUUUUGGAGCAUUCUGGAGCAUAUGGGACAGAGGAGCAUGGAGGGACUUGGCACAUGGACGCAGCUCAACUGGAUACGCAAAGGAAGAAGGAGAAGCCAUCUUGAAGACCAGCUCGACCGUCUACUCGACCAACCGGUCGAGUUCCUCAACUCGACCGGCCAAGCUUCAACUCGAUCGAGCUGA